AUGACCACACCAGCUGUACCCGUGUGGGAGAUCAAAGCAAAGGGAUGGAACGACGACACGCUGGCCAAGAUCCCCCAGGACUGGCUGUCGCCCAACGACGAGUCACUGAGGGACGACGUCUCGGGCAUUGUGACCAACAGCGAGUUGCUCACGAGGCGCGAACACGAGAUUGUCGAGUGUGAUGCCACUGCCCUCCGCGAUGCGCUGUCGUCGCGCACUUACACUGCCGUCGAGGUCACCACGGCAUAUGCCAAGGCUGCGGCUGUGGCGCACCAAGCGACCAACUGCCUCAUGGACUUCUUCUACGACGACGCCCUCAAACGAGCACAGUGGCUGGAUGAAGAGUUUGAGCGGACGGGAAGGCCGGUGGGCGUGCUCCAUGGCGUCCCGAUCUCUAUCAAGGACCCGUUCGCUGUAGCCCACAAGAACAGCACCGCUGGAUUUGUCUCGUGGAUCGGCGAGCGCAUUCCAGACGAGGACGGCACUGUCCCCGCCAUCCUCCGUGCCGCCGGCGCCGUCUUCAUCGUCAAGACUAUGACACCCCAGGCAAUUAUGAUGAUUGAGACUGAAAGCGCCUUUGGCAUUACUGUCAACCCGCACAACCGCAACCUCACUGCUGGAGGGAGUACCGGCGGUGAAGGCGCGCUUAUCGCCGCCGGUGGAAGUGUGUUGGGCGUCGGUACGGACAUUGGUGGCAGCAUUCGCGCGCCGUCCGCAUGCAACGGCAUAUUCGGCUUCAAGCCUACGGCCGAGCGUAUCCCCAACGGGUUCACAAACCCCGUAGAGGGCAACGAGGCAAUCCUGAGCGCGACAGGUCCCCUGGCGCGUUCAGCGCGCGACCUCGAGCUGUUUAUCACCACUGUCCUCGCUGCCAAGCCGUGGACGUUUGACUGCAGCGCCGCCCGCAUGCCGUGGCGCCCCAACGAGGUCGAGUGGCUCGGCGGCCUGCGUCCCCGUAUCGGCGUGCUGUGGCAUGACGGUAUCGUGCAACUCCACCCCCCGAUGGCGCGUGCCCUCAAGACGGCCGUCGACAAGCUCAAAGAUGCCGGGUAUGAGGUGGUCGACUACAAGCCCUACCGCGUAGAGGACGCAUGGGACAUUCUUGCAAAGCUCUUCUUCACCGACGGCGGAAAGGCCGUCAAGGCCGCAGUAGAGACGAGCGGCGAGCCGCUCUUCAAGGGAGUUGAAAUGCUCAUCGACAUCUCCAAGGACUUGACCGCCACCGAGCUCUGGCAGCUGGUCAACCGCCGCAACGCGUUGCGCAACGAUUAUGCGCGCCACUGGAGCGAGUCCAAGGUCGACGUCUUGCUUUGCCCGCCGGCAGUGGGACCGGCCCAAGUAUGCGGCACGACAAAGUACUUUACCUACACGGGUAUCUGGAACGUGCUCGACUACCCAGCUGCCAUUUUCCCCACGGGCCUGCGUGUCGAGCCCACCGACCGGCCGGUGAAGCGCACCGAGUUUCUCGGCCCGCAAGACAAGGACCUUUGGGCAACUUACGACUCGCCCGACACAUUUGCCAACGCGCCGCUCAGUCUCCAGAUCGUGGGUCCACGGUGGGAGGACGAAAAGGUCGUACAGGCGCUGCACAUUAUCUCCAAGGUUGUACGGUUUUAA